ACCACAAGAUCCUCAGAUUUUAUGAUCUACAGUCUUUCUCUCUCUAAACUUCAUCUUCUUCUUCUUCCUCAGGAAACAUGUCUCUAUUUUGAUUAAUUCCCUUAACCCUAAUUUCUAAUCAAUUCUACUCACUCGUUUUCUUUAAGCCGUUGAUGUCUGACCAUCCAUGGAAAUUUCGGCUACCCCAACCGCCAAAGUUAAUAAUAUUGAUGAACCUGAAACCCAAACCAUUAAGCCCUCAUCUUUCACAAAUGGAGUCCUAAAGCGUCUUCAGCCCGUGAUUCUUCAGCCUCACCGCACCCAUCCAAACUCUCCACCAACCCAAGUUUCAUACAAGGAAUGUCUCAAGAACCACGCAGCCAACUUAGGUGGACACGCCGUAGAUGGUUGUGGAGAGUUCAUGCCAUCUCCAACUGCUGAUCCAGGAAACCCAACUUCGCUAAAAUGUGCUGCUUGUGGAUGUCAUCGUAACUUCCAUCGUCGGGAUCCGGAGGAUCCAAUUCCGUCUCCACCGCCUACUUCAACAGGACAUCAUGUCAUUGAGUACCAGCCACAUCAUCGACACCAUCCACCGCCUCCGCCGCCUCGCGGCGGCGUCGGCGGCGGACAUUUAAGCCCGAAUUCUGCUUCUCCACCGCCAAUCUCGUCUUCUUAUUACCCUUCUGCACCUCAUAUGUUACUUGCGCUUAGCUCUGGUUUAUCUGCUCCACCUGAUAUCAAUAACCCUUCACCUGGCGUUGGUGGGUCGAAUUCGGGGAGUCGGAAGAGGUUUAGAACGAAAUUCACUCAAGAUCAGAAAGAUAAAAUGCUGGAGUUUGCUGAUAAAGUUGGUUGGAAGAUGCAGAAAAGAGAUGAAGAGAUGAUUUCUGAGUUCUGUAGUGAUAUGGGUUUGGAGAAAACUGUUUUUAAGGUAUGGAUGCAUAAUAAUAAGAGCACAUUUGGUAAGAAAGAUAUGGGUAUCAGCAAUGGCGUCGAAAUGACCAUAAUUAACACCGAUUCCAUCACCACCACCACCACCUCCACUCCCACCGCCGCCGCCGUUGUCUCCGCCGCCGCCACCACCACCACCGCCCAUUACCUCAACAAUGGCAACCACCAUAACAACAACAACAACAACGCUGCUAAUGGGUCUUCUUCCUCUUCUCAAUGUUUAAUCGAAUCAACGGCUAAAUAAGUUUAGUGAGCAAUGAGAGACUUUUCUGUAAUUGCUGAUUUGGGUUUUUUUUGAUCUCUUGCUUAGUUUAAUCGAACUCUUAUUAUUAUGAUUAUUAUUAUUAUUAUUAAUUUUU